GUUGGUUUGGUUUGCUUGUUGGAGCAAGUUGGAGACUGCCGCGCGUGAUAAGGCUCAAGCGCGUGAGGUGGAGUAACCUAGCUUGGGAUCCGGUCACUGGCGCCUGGACAGUCCUCCGGACCGGCAGCUUUGCCCAGCGCCAUCGGCUCCACGGUAUCUUGAACGCACCUACGCCGCGACGACGUGCAGUGUCAUUUACCUUCUUGGAAAGGACGACUUGGAGAUUCAUCACUCUCAACAUCCAUUACCACUUCCUAAGUCUUUGCCUUGCAUCUCUUCUCCUCGAAGCCUAGAAAACUCACACUCAUGGGAAAGAAACGGGUAUUGAUCUCGUAUGGUGUUGAUGUAGAUGCUGUUGCAGGAUGGCUGGGCUCUUAUGGAGGCGAGGACAGCACCAGCGACAUCAGCCGUGGGCUGUGGGCCGGCACUGUUGGUACGCAACGGUUGUUGAAGAUGUUCGCCAAGCAUGACAUCAAGACAACGUGGUUUAUACCUGGGCACAGUUUAGAAACCUUCCCUGAGGAUAUGGCCGCGGUUCGCGAUGCGGGUCACGAGAUUGGAUUACAUGGCUACAGUCACGAAAACCCUGUAGAUAUGACUCUUGAGCAACAAAGGGAUGUCUUAGAUAAGACGUAUCGCAUGCUUACAGAAUUUGCGGGAAAGCCUCCGCGAGGGAGUGUAGCGCCCUGGUGGGAAACAAGCCAAGAAGGCGCGGAGCUGCUGCUCUCAUAUGGAAUCGAGUAUGAUCACAGCAUGAGUCAUCACGACUGCCAGGCCUAUUAUCUGCGCACGGGCGAUUCGUGGACCAAAAUUGAUUACUCCAAGAAGGCUGCAGAAUGGAUGAAGCCACUCGUCAAGGGCCAAGAAACUGGCCUCGUUGAGAUUCCAGCGAACUGGUAUAUCGAUGAUCUGCCUCCAAUGAUGUUCAUCAAGGCUUCUUCGAACAGCCAUGGUUUCGUCAAUGCGCGCGAUAUCGAAGACAUCUGGAGAGAUCACUUCGACUACUUCUACCAGGAAUAUGAUGACUUCAUCUUCCCUAUCACUAUCCAUCCCGAUGUGUCCGGGCGACCGCAUGCACUGCUGAUGCACGAGAGACUCAUUAAACAUUUCAAAGAACACGAAGGGGUAGAGUUCGUCACAAUGGAGCAGAUAUGCGACGAGUUUAAAAGCAAGAAUGCACCGCCAGAAGGAGCUUUGAUGCCUGCCGAGCCUGGUGCAAAGCUGAAAGAAGCUCCAGUCAGCAGCUAGUGUUAGAUACAAAGGCACCUGUUAAUACCCUGGAGGAACUCUGCGAGUCGUAUAUAUGCAGUUUAUAAGACCGUAAGCCGUUUUCUCUGAGCACAGAGCGC